CUCGCAAGAUGGCUGCGGUGCUGCGCCGCCUGGAGCCUUGGAACCGCGUGACAAUCCCAAAGGCGGGGAGCCGCAGCGCGGUGACGAUACAGGACCCCGGCGCGGCCCUGGACCUUUGUAUUGCAGCUGUACUUAAAGAAUGCUGGCUUGUUACCCUGUCACUGAAGAGCCAGACCUUAGAUGCAGAAACAGAUGUGCUAUGUGCAGUCCUUUACAGCAAUCACAACAGAAUGGGCCGCCACAAGCCCCAUUUGGCCCUCAAACAGGUUGAACAGUGUUUAAAACGUUUGAAAAACAUGAAUUUGGAGAGUUCAAUUCAGGAUCUGUCUGAGUUGUUUUCUUCCAAUGAAAAUCGGCCUGUAGCUACCAAAGCGUGUGUCAUCCCCAGCCAACCAGUGGUGGAAUUUGUGUUGAUGAAGAUUUUGGGAGCCUGCAAAUUGUUACUUCGCUUGUUAGACUGUUGCUGCAAGACAUUUCUCUUGACUGUGAAACACCUAGGUUUGCAAGAAUUCAUUAUUUUAAACCUUGUGAUGGUUGGGCUGGUGAGCAGGUUAUGGGUUCUCUAUAAAGGUGUUUUAAAAAGGCUGAUUUCUUUAUAUGAACCAUUGUUUGGAUUGCUUCAAGAGGUCUCAAGGAUUCAACCAUUGCCUUACUUCAAAGAUUUUACCUUUCCUUCUGAUAUUGUUGAAUUUUUAGGACAGCCCUAUUUAGAGGUCUUUAAGAAAAAAAUGCCUACAGCUUUUGCAGCUAAGGGAGUAACUAAAUUGCUAAAUAAACUGUUCUCAACAAAAGAACAAUCACUGAGGUGCAGUGAAGAACCGUCACAUAGGAUUUCCAAAAACGCUAAUCAAAUGAAGAUCAAUGUACAGAAUAAUGUGGAUCUUGGACAGCCAGUAAAGAAUAAGAAAAUCUUCAAAGCAAAGUCAUCAGAAUUUGAUGUGAGGGCGUUCUGCGAACAGCUGAAACACAGAGCUAUUCAGAAGGCCGGCUUUGAAUUUAAAUGUCCUCAAUCCCAACUAAAGGCAACGAAACAUUCUCCUCAGAAAGUGAUAGGAACUCCCAGUGCCACCGCUUUUGUGCAAAGAUUCCAAGAGGCUGAGACUUUCAUACAACUUUCUGAAGAAAUCCAAAUGGCAAUUCUGUGGUGCAGGAGCAAAAAACUCAAGGCUCAGGCUUCCUUUCUGGGCAAUAAACUUCUUAAAAGUAACCGCCUUAAACAUGUGGAAGCUCAAGGUUAUAGUUUGCCCAAGAAACUAGAGUGCAUAAAAACAUCGAUUUGCAACUGCCUUCUUCGUGGCUCAGAUAGCAAAACUUCAAAGCAUCAUUUGAGGCUAAGAAGAUCACAGAAUAAGUUUUUACUGAGACAGAGAAAACCACAGAGAAAGUUGCAGCCGACGCUUUUAAAGGAAAUUCAGCAGCCCCCUCAAGGGACUCAGAGUUCUACAGAUAUCAGUAAACGGAGACUCUCACACCGAGCAGUUCAUAAAACUAAUCUCUACGCUAACAGUAAGCAACUCUUGAGUAGCAGAGCUUCAAAUCCUGUCAUACAAACUAAGGAGAAACAAAAUCAUGAAAAUCUUACAGGAAGCAAUGAAAAUGAAAGGGAUUCAUGGACAAUGAUGCAAAUAACUAAACAUAAUACAUCAAGAAACAUUAAGGAGACAGAUGACAUUGAUGAUAUUUUUGCUUUAAUGGGAGUUUAGAUACUCAUCUGUGAGACUUUUAAGUGAUCAGCAAACUCGUCCAGUGUUCUACUGUUUUAAGUGGAACUCCUGAGAUCUGGAAAGAUCUGAAAGCACCACUUGGAUUCAAGAUUUACUGCAACAUUGAUAGCAGUUCAUUUCAGUUCAAUAAACAUUUAUAGUA